AGAAAAUCAUCAGCACUUCUUCUGUACGAUGCUCAACGCCACUCUAAUUCCAGCCACCAACCUCUAUGUGAACUCCACCACCCCUGGAGGCCCCCUUGGUCCUCCACUGUGGUACCAGUUCCCAGUGUGUGCUGUGGCUCCUUACGGCUUCAUUUUCUACUUUGGGGUCAAAGUGUUCAACCUGGCCGUGGGGGCGCCCUGUAACGUCCUGGUCAUCUGGCAGAUCGCAACCAAGAAAAGUGACUCAUCCACAUCCGACAUCUUCAUCUUCAACCUGGCCAUCCUAGACGCCUACUUCUGCCUGAUGACGCCCAUAGAAAUGGUGAACCGACUGCUGCUGGACAACAGCCGCAUCUGGUACUUUCAGAGAUUUGCAUAUGGGAUCAAGGACGUUGCACCACUUUUUCUGGUGUGUAUCUCUCUGGACCGCUACAUCGCCGUGGUCCAUCCAGUGCUAUUCGCUGGUAUCCGUGACAACAAGUUCCGCAUUGGCGUUUCUGUGGUGGUCUGGGGCCUCAUCCUGGCUUACGGCCUAACAAAAUGCACCCUGGGAGCCAUGAGUGUCAACGAGGUCUUCAGCGGAGUCAUCCUGUUUGCAUUCGCGGUCAUGGUCUUCUGCAACAUCUCCGUCAUCUGGGUUCUCCGCCGCUCUGUGGUGGGAAAAGAGGAGAUGCACCCUGUGAAGAAGAAAGCCUUCAAGAUGGUGCUGAUCAUCUUGGCCAUCAUCGUGGCCAACUACCUGCCUCCUGUGGCGCUCAUGCCUUUCGCGUCCUACUACUCGUUCUUGGUCUUCCGCUGUCAGAUCAGCAUCAGCGUGUUCUCCAUCAUGGAUCUGAGCUGCAGCGUCGAGCCGCUCCUCUACAUCACAAAGAUGGAGCGUGUGGACGGCAGGUGCUGCAGCUUGAGUUUGAUGUCAAGGUGUAAUCAGUCUUCCUGUCAUUAACCGACCCGAACUUGGAAGAUUCUUUCAAAAAUGUUAGUGGACAAAGACCCUGCAUGUACCAGUUUUUGUUUUGUUUUUUAAUAUUCCCGUUGUUACCCAAUGUAUAACUCCAUAAGUCUGCUGAACUGUGGCCAGGACAUGUUUGGCCAAAAAUUUUGUUAAAAACUCACCUAUUUUUUCUAUUAAAAAAAUACAUAUGAUGGGACAAAAAGAUAAAAAUUCUCUGAAGCAUUCACCCUCUAAGCCAGCAGCUACAUCAAGUAAAUACUGUGAGACAGAUAAAGCAUCAGCUAAAGCUAAAACAAAAUGAAGACUUUUCUAUUAUCAGUGAUAGAAAAUUCUUAUUUUAGUCCACAUACAACAUAACUAAAUGCUUAGCAGAGUAGCAAUAAUUACCAUUAUACACUAUAAGGGAAUUCAUGCAGGUUCAGUUUGGUUAUUCAAGGUCUUUUUAAGCCAGAUAUCUAAAUCAAUGUCCUUCAAUUACUAAUUACCAUGAAUACACAUUUUGUUGGUGGAUAUUGCCGUUUUCAGCAGACAAAAUUAUUACUCAAUAACUGAUUUUAACAUUUAUCCCAAACAUGUAAUUAUGAUAACAGUCUUUCUUUUACAUAGUUUGUUGUCUAGUGUCAAACUUUAAACUCUUAGGGGAAAUAUGGGCUGCCCUUUUCAGAAGAAAACCAAGUUUGUGUGUGUUUUUUAAUAUGCUAAGAGACACAUCAAUAAGACACGCCAUGGUUGACAAUUUCCAUCUUAAAACUGCAGUGUACAGAUGAUGAGCAACUGAGGGGUGAGUGGAGAAAGACAAACUCCACAGAUCUGCACAUGACAAAGGAAGCAACGCUGCAGUAACAUCUAAGAAGCCAUUUUAAGGGAGAAAAUUAAUAUUUUUGCAGAAAAAACUUCUGAAUAUGUCACUGUGAAAUACAGUUUCAGAAGUAUAAUCAUUGACUGGAGAGAGACUUUCAAUACAAUAUAUAACUUUAAAUGUUCACCUCCAGAAGUAUGUUAAGGAGAGAGAAAUGCAGUUAUGUGACAUUUAACACAGGGGAGCUUUUUUUCUUAUUUGUGCUGAACAUUUACACUGCAACCAGCAGGUUUACAAAACAUUCAAAGAGGCCUUGAGGGACAUAGAACAUAUCAGUGAGUAUAACAGAAGUAGGUGAGGUUGUUGGUUAAAGUGGGCAUCAUUUAUUCCCAGGUGUAUGAUUACUGAAAGAGCAUUUCCUUCUCUGCUCCUCCUAUGGCAACCAGUAACAGAAACCCUCUCGUUAACAAAGACGUCUAUUAAUCCAUUUUAAUGACAGCCAGGGGCAGUGUCUGGUUUACUGAGCACUGAUGAAGCAUUUAGUCAGUUUUUAAAUCAGCCCUAUUAUCAGACAUGCACAAUGGGACCAAUUAGUGGCAGUGUAAUGAGUAGACAUGUAGAUUAGGUUAGUUAAUAAACUAAAUACUGAACACACUGCAAUUAUUAAAGGACUGACAAUAUGCUGUGGAAAGACUAUAUAACAUGAUUAAAGACACACCUCCCCUUUUAAGAAUUGUGUUUGAUAUAGUCUCUGAAAUGGAUCAUAGAAUUCAGAAAAAGUCUUUAUUUUGAUCAAAACGUACUAAAUUAUAAAUGUGUACAGGUGUUUGUCAUCUUACAGUAUAUUUGUGGAAGGAUUUCCAUGCAGAGCUGUCUUUGCAUUUCGUCAUUUGAUUAGAAAAUGUGGAUUUUAUACAGAUACUUCAAUAAACUUAUUAAAACGACAAUGAGAAGUCUAAUUUGAAUUAAAGCUGCAAGCAGCGUUGGACGGGUCCUCGCAUCCAUGCUCGUCGUCGAAUCCACGCACGUCCACCAGGUGGCGCUGCGACCGAGAGUGUAUAUUGGCCUAUGGAUGUGAUCACGUCCGCACUCUGAUGACACAUAUAACAUUUCAGGCAGAUCGGACCAUGUCCAGGCUAGUUAUAGAGCUUUUCCUUCUAUCCACCAGGUGGCGUUAUGACUGUGGCUGUAUUUCAGCAUGUGAAUGUCAUCAGGGCGGGACUCUGAUCAUACAUGUAAAGUUUGAGGCAGAUUAGAGUAUGUUUAGGGCAGUUACACAGCAGUUGAUGUGUCAUGUCGAAGCAUCAAAGUUUGGGAGCCUGCCAUGGCCACGCCCUCAGACUUUUGUGGAGCAUUUUGAUAACUUUUGAUCACCCAUGCCUGGAGUACAUCCUGGCUGAAUUUCAUAUCUGUCGGUGUUACCCUGUUUGAGUUGAUAGCUUUUCAAAAUGUCUAAAAAUGACCCAAAAUUGAAGGUUGGUGUUAAAUUCUAGAAAGAAGAAGAAGAUUAAAGAAAGAAAAUACAUAAAAAAGAAGCAAUUAAAUAAAUGGGAAAAAGUUAAGACAAUUAAACUUUUAUAAAGUAUGGGGGGAAAAAAGAUGUAAGAAAUUAAAGAAUUGUAUUUAAUAAAUAAACAGGAAAUUUGUAAAUAAGUGUUGUAGUCUUUUGCAGUUAAUUGAUGGAUAGGCGUAGUGAGAGACAGCCAGACAAUGGGGUAGAAAUAAGAAUGAGAACAACUAAUAUAGCACAGGGUUGCGAGCGGGAAUCGAACCAGGGCCUCAGCAUUGAGGACCAACUACAUGCGUCAGUGGCUUAACCCGCAGAGCUAUAUGAUCACACAUGUUGGCUGUCAGCAAAGGUGUAUCAAUCCAAUAGAAAGUCUAGGGGUAGGGUUCGGGUUACAGAGGAAGGUCCUGACAGUAGCAAUGUACCAAAAACAUGGAUAUAAAAUUAUACAUUUUUUCAUAAUUUAAUAUUAAGUCACACUAGCCAAAAAAUUCUUAGAAUAAAGUUGGGGUUUUUCCUUCAGCCGUUGUGGUUGCACUGUACCUUUAGGUUAUCUAGAUCUACAACGGCUGAAGGAAAAACCACGGAUUAAUUUCUCAGAAUAUUCGGCUGCUUAGUAUUAACAUUAAAAAUAUUUAUGUGUAAUAUUAAUUACCCUAUUUUUUUCAUUACAACUGUAAGGACCUUCCUCUCCAACCCUAACCCUACCCCUAGACUUUCUAUUGGAUUAAUACACGUUUUCAAGACCAGAACAUGUGUGGUCAUGUAGCUCUACGGGUUACGCCUGUGAUGUUCAGGACUCAUUCUUGUAUUUUACACUCUCUGAUGUUUUCUUUUCUUCAUGUCUAGUGUGUGAAUCAUUUCUGGUUUGUCUCUUCAGUGUCUCAUGUGGCCCUGCAGCUUCUCCUCCUCCACCUCCUCCUGAAGCCUUCAUCUUCUUCAUCAUCAGCUGCUCAGUGACUCUGUUGGACGUCUCACCGUGUGGCAGCAGCUCAGGAGUUUGCAGUCAACCAAGGCCGACUCAGAAUCACUCCCACCGGGAAGAUCUGUGAAGGAAGGUCCACCCGGCUGGUCCAGAAGCUCCGGUCCAGCAGAGCAGCGUCAGGAUGGAGACGUAACCGGUGUUGAUGUCACCGCCUUGACGAAUAGAAGAAAAGCCUGUAUUUGGAUCCAGUCCAGUGACACUCCACUCCACUCCACACCACAACCUUUCCACUCCACUAUCACCCUCCACAAGGUUCCAAGCGGGGAUUCGAACCAUGACCGUCCACAUGACAGACACACACCCUCUGUGUGAGCUAUCUGUCACACAAGGUCCCUGGUGGAGUUUGUUGUAAUGAUGGUUGCAAGAGGUUGUCAUGCAGCCAAAGUGUAAAAAGAGCCUUGAGCUGGAUUCCAACCAAGGACCUCCUGGAUGAGAGGCAGAUAACUUACCACUGCACUAUCCUUCCUACUGGGUGUAGCUGUUAGUUUUCGUAAAUGAUGGUACACAAAAGUAUUAAGGAAGUGAAGAUAAUAAAGGUACUAAGGUACCGGGGAGGCAAAAAACUUACCUCUACACCACCUGUCCUACAAGAUGUUGCUCUAACUUUGCUUAAAUGAUGCUAUCAAUUAGUACUGGCGCAACCAAACGACAAAUAAAAGGUGUGAGUGGAGAUCUGAAUCAUGUCAGGUUUGUUUCUGAGACUGAAUACACCUGAUCUCAUCUGAUCUGCAAAGCUAAGCAGGGUUGGGCCUGGUUAGUAUUUGGAUGGGAGACUACCUGGGAAUACCAGGUGCUGUAAGCUUUUUACUUCUCCUCACAACCUGAACAACACACUGCUAGCGACAGCUAUCAACUAAAACCUCUUGGUUUCUUUAUUAUACACUCUAUGAGGUGGAUAAGCUGCAGCUCAUGCUGAUUUAUUGCUGCUUCUGGUUGGAGCCAAAGAACAAAGGCUUCACCUGUUGGAGCAGCUGAUGUCCUGCAGCCUCUUCACCACAGAAAGCCUCUGACAGCUUCAAUUCUUUACACUCUGACUGCAAGACACCAAUCACAUAGGAACAUUUACAUGUAUGGAACAAAGAGCUGAGCUGACACUCAACAUAUGUUUGAGCAUUUAUUGAUAAAGACAUUCAAACAUGUCUAGAGAUAGAACACCAACGCACGGUGUAAGAAAGGUCAGAACAGACUUCACCUGCUCAGGAAACUGAGGUCCUUCGGGGUGCAGGGAGCAAUUCUGAGGACCUUUUAUGGUUGUGUGGUGGUAUCAGCCAUCCUGUAUGGACUGGUCUGCUGGAGCAGCAGCAUCACGGCUGCAGACAGGAAGAGACUAAAGAAACUGGUUAAGAAAGCAAGCUCUGUCCUGGGCUGGUGGUAGACAGGAGGAUGAUGACAAAGCUGUUGUCUAUCAUGGAGGACAUCUCCCACCCCCUGCAGGAAACAGGACCAUCACCGGCAGCUCCUUCAGGGACAGACUGCUUCACCCACGAUGUUUGAAGGAGGUCCUUCCUUCCUGCAGCAGUCAGACUGUGUUCAAUCAAGCCUGCUCCCAGUAGUUCAGAUCACCCAUGAAGUAACUGCAAUAAAAUGUAAAUAAGUCAAUAUGUGCAAUUUCACAGGGUUUUUUUUUUUACAAGCAUUUCUAUUUCUUCUCUAAGGAGAAAGCAUCUAUUUAUAUCUGUGCACUGAGUGCUGCUUUUUUUUUUUUUUUAACUUUUUUUCCUAUCUGCUACUGCCACACUGAAAAUUUCCCCACUGCAGGAUCUACCUAUCCAUCCAUCUAUCUAUGGUCCAUCUACCUCCCUACCUAUCUAUCCAUCCAUCCAUCCAUCCAUCCAUCCAUCCAUCCAUCCAUCCAUCCAUCCAUCCAUCCAUCCAUCUCUCUCACAGAUGUGGGGGUUGAUUCACCUGUUCUCAAUCACCUUAAUCCACGAAGGCCCGGUUCUUCAUUCUUCCGCUCUCUGCCAGACCACAGACUUUGAAACCAGAACCUUUCUCCUACAAUUAGUCUGGUUUCCCCUUUUUGUUUUCACCUUGGUUUAGUUAUCCUUUCUGUGUUGGUUUUAGUUUCAUUCGUUAAAUAAACUCCUUGUAAUCUUUGACCUGUGUCUGCAGAUGUCCUGUGACACCAAUGAUCCCAUCUGAUAUUUAGCAUGUUUUCAAUUAUUGGUCCCAUUUCUUAAAAAAAAAAAAAAAAAAAAAAAAGCCCCCUGAAAUCUGA